CAGAUUCUCCCAAUCUCCACGUCCUUCAUUGCUAGAGAAUUGAGAUCUGUCUUUUGAUCAUUGCAUUCUUCAGAGAAAUUAUAAAGGAAAAAAUAACAGAAAAACCUCAAAUUCUUGGCCCUGUAAUCCUUCUUCUGUCUAUCAACAGAAACCAAAAUAGAAAUCAAGCAUUGAAAUCAAGCAUAAAAAUGUCAUCUUUUCUGCACCAAAGGCCACUUCACAACAUUCUCACAGACCAGUAUCCAUUAUCCCCUCGAUCUCCCCAAAAUUCUCAAAAACCCAGCAUUCUUUUCAACCGCACUUCUCUCGUCCUCCUCCUUUCUCUCCUCAUAGUACUUGGUAUCCUCUUCCCCUGGAUUCAAAUCCCACAAGGAGGCCUCUUUAGCAGCAGCAUUAGUAGUUCCCGCAGCGGUAAUCCUAACUUUUCUGAAUCAAAGUGGCGUGCCUACACGCUCUCUGAGGCAGCUGCCAAUGUGGCAAAGAACAAUACUCUUAUUGUUUGUGCCGUCAGUGAGGCUUAUUUGCCAUUCUUGAACAACUGGUUGAUUAGUAUUGUCAGGCAGAAGCACCAUGAUCAAGUGCUGGUGAUUGCAGAGGAUUAUCCGACGUUGUUUAAGGUCAAUCAGAAGUGGCCUGGCCAUGCUGUGCUCAUCCCUCCUGCACUGGAAUCUCAAGCUGCUCAUAAGUUUGGUUCUCAGGGGUUCUUCAAUUUUACAUCGAGAAGGCCCCGCCAUCUGCUGCAAAUUUUGGAGCUUGGCUAUAAUGUUAUGUACAAUGAUGUUGAUAUGGUUUGGUUAGCAGAUCCAUUUCCUCAUCUGCAAGGGGAGCAUGAUGUGUACUUCACUGAUGACAUGGCUGCUGUGAAACCUCUGAACCAUUCCCAUGAUUUGCCACCUCCAGGAAAAAAAGGUCGUACUUACAUCUGUAGCUGUAUGAUUUUUCUGCGACCCACUGGUGGAGCAAAACUAGUCAUGAAGAAGUGGAUUGAAGAGCUUCAGGCUCAGCCAUGGUCCAAGGCCAAAAAAGCCAACGACCAGCCUGCAUUCAACUGGGCACUGAACAAAACUGCUGGACAGGUAGACUUGUAUUUGCUUCCUCAGGCUGCAUUCCCAACGGGCGGUUUGUACUUCAAGAACCCGACAUGGGUACAGGAAACUAAGGGAAUGCAUGUCAUUAUUCACAAUAACUAUAUUACUGGUUUUGAAAAGAAGAUAAAGCGAUUUCGUGAUUAUGGUCUCUGGUUGGAAGAUGAUCAUUCCUUGGAGUCACCGCUUGGGAGAUUAUGAUGUGAUUUGAGGAUUGUGCUUGUUGGCAAGGGAUAAGCUCAAAUUGUUUAUACCCAUCUCCUUCAACAACAACCCGGAUGGUACAUUUCAGCUAACUUGCAGUUAGCCCUUUAUUGAGUCUAAGCGACUAAUAUGAAAGAGAAAAGCCCUUUAUUGCAGUUAGCCCUUUACUGCAGCUAACUUGCAGUAAACAGCACCGGCGGCUCUCAGAUUGUCUUCCAUGCAAGUUUGAGAAUUACUGCUA